AUGGGUAAUGGACAAAAAGCACAACAUAAACGGGAACGAGCAAAGAAUGAUGCAAAAAAGGGAGCAACUAGUCAAUUGAAAGCGAACGAAGCUGCCAAGAAUAUAGUAUGUCAAGUUUGUCGAAAUACAUUCUUAUGUACUGUAAGGAAGAAAGCAUUGGAUGAACACGCCGGUAAUAAACACAGUAAAAAAUUGGAAGAAUGCUUCCCAGGAUUUGUGGAAACGGCAAAUAAAAAUACUCGAACAUUCUUUGUUACUAGUCAAAGGGCAGUUGAAGGACUCAAAGUAGCAUGGGAACAAGUACUUUCUUCAGGUGAAAGGAUAGAUGUAUUAGAGGAAUGGAAAGCGUUACCAUAUUUUGUCGUUGGUAGAUCAACUGCGAAAGCUGUAAAAGAGAUGUUUAAGAUCGAUCCACUUGGAGCUGAUGAAUCGGGAAAUUCUGAAUCAUUGGCAGAUUAUAUAAUAAAAUAUUUUAAUUCAACCCGGGGUAAAGAAUUAUUAUUUCUUGUGGGAGAUAAGAGAAGAGAAGAAUUACCAAACAAAUUAUCAAAAUCAGGAAUAUUAUUAAAAGAAUUAAGAAUUUAUGAAACCAAACCGAAUUCAUCAUUUUCUACCGAAUUAGAUAAAAUAUCAGAAUACCUUGUUGAAAGAAAGAAAACAAUUAAUUGGAUAAUCUUUUUUAGUCCGUCCGGAGUUGAUAAUUCAUUAGAAUUAUUAAAAGUCAAUUUAUUAAAAGAUUGGGAUAAAAUUAAAAUUGCUAGUAUAGGUAAAACUACAAGUAAAUAUUUAGAGAAUAUUAAAAACAUUAAAGUAAAUAUUACUUCGCCAAAACCUGAAGCGGAAAGCUUGGCCGAAUCAAUUCAUGAAUAUAAUAAAAAUUUAUUAUCUUAA